AUGCCUCAAUCCACAAGCAGCAAAGCCCUCGACCUGAACAGCCCCGUGCUGGCUGUUCUGUCGUACUGUGGCAGCAGUAUUCUGAUGACCGUAUCGAACAAAUACAUGGUGAAUGGCACAGGAUUCAACCUUCCAUUUGUGUUGCUGGUUGUCCAGUCUGCUGUCUGUAUCGCCGCCAUCUCCUCCGCCAAAGCCCUCGGAUCGAUCACGUACCGUGACUUCAAUACCGAGGAGGCCAAGAAAUGGUUUCCCGUUUCCAUUCUCCUCGUCGGUAUGAUCUACACGUCAAUGAAGGCGCUUCAAUUCCUCAGUAUUCCAGUCUACACGAUCUUCAAGAAUUUGACCAUCAUCUUAAUUGCAUACGGCGAGGUGUUGUGGUUUGGAGGAUCGGUCACACCAAUGGCCCUGCUCAGUUUCGGUUUGAUGGUACUUAGCAGUGUCAUUGCCGCCUGGGCGGACAUCUCGCACGCACUCUCUGGCAGUACCGACUCAGAUGCCAUUUCGACCUUGAACUUGGGAUACCUCUGGAUGGGCGCGAAUUGCAUUUGCUCUGCUGGUUACGUUCUCGGCAUGCGCAAGCGUAUCAAGCUGACGAACUUCAAGGAUUUCGACACCAUGUACUACAACAACCUUCUGUCUCUUCCGGUCCUCAUCAUCUGCUCAUUGGUAGUUGAGGAUUGGUCCGCCGCCAAUAUCGCACGCAACUUCCCACCAGGACGCCAGUGGCCCAUGAUCGCAGCAAUGGUUUUCACCGGCCUCAGCAGCAUUUUCAUCUCGUACUGCAGUGCGUGGUGUGUACGAGUCACCUCUUCUACCACCUACUCGAUGGUUGGUGCCCUCAACAAGUUACCGAUUGCCAUUAGUGGUCUGGUCUUCUUCAACGCACCGGUCACGUUCGCCAGUGUUUCUGCCAUCUUUGUCGGUUUCAUCUCUGGAAUGGUGUAUGCUGUAGCCCAAAUCUGGAAGAAGAAGGGCCAGGACGAGAACAAGAGCGUGUUGCCUACAAGCUCGAGUUCGCAAAGCAAUCGCGAUUCGCUCAAGGCAUAG